UUCCCUUCUUGGCGUUCACAUCGAGAGUGGCAGCAGCAACAAGUCAGCCCAAAGUCCAAGGAUCAGAUCAGAGUUCGGUUUAGCCAAAUCCCAAAAGCAAAUAGUACCCACAAUUAACAGGAAUCGUCUAAAGUUCGUCGCCUGGCACCAGAUUUGUCCAAUUUCCCGACGCCACUUAAAUUGCCGGCCAUUUCCAGCCCAUCCCCAAAUCAACGCAAGGAAUCGUUGAAAACCCCAUCAAAAUGAUGAAAUACGUGCAGAUUCUGUUGUGCUAUGGCCUGCUCCUGGCUCUGGUCUUCUCCGUCAGCGAGGCCCGACCUUCCACAGCCGAAACAGGACCCGAUGCCGAUGGUCUGGAGGGACAGGAGGGUGAGGAUGUACGUGGCGCCUAUGGUGGAGGCUAUGAUAUGCCAGCCCAGGCCAUCUAUCCCAACAUACCCAUGGACCGCCUGCAGAUGCUCUUCGCCCAGUACAGACCCACUUACAGCGCCUACUUGAGGACCCCCUCCUAUGGCAAUAUGAACGAGCUGUAUCGGCUGCCCGAGAGCAAGCGUCAAGUGAGGUAUCGGCAGUGCUACUUCAAUCCCAUCUCCUGCUUUAGGAAGUAAAUUUUCUACCUCACCGGAAGUGUAUCCGUACCGUAACCGAAAAGCCCUUGGAUAACAUUAACAUUUCAAGCAUUUCAAACAAAAAACAAAACCAAAUCAAACCCAGCAUGGAAUUUAGCAUAAAACCUCAGACAAAAAUCUAACGCAAAAAUGUUUAGUGCAAUUAAACUAAAGCUAAGACUCAAACUACAUAUAUCUUUAUAUAUACAUCCCCCUUAUAUAUGUAUAUCGCAAAUAUAAAUGUCUAAACAAAAUACUGCAAAUAAAUGCUUCAUUGUAGUUACCAAAAAAAAAGCAGAUCGAGGAAAUAUUUAUUGAAAAUAUAUAUUUGCAAGACAAACGAAAAUUGUAAGCCCUUUUUGUGUCUUUUUCUACAAUUCUUGAUUUACGCUUGGCAUAUGGUGUGGUAAAAUAAUAUAUACAAACAAUUUGAAUCGCAUUGAAUUGCAAUUGAAAUUUUCUUUUGUACAUUUAAAUGGUACAUUCAAGUCUCUUGUAUAAUACUAGCAACAAUUUAUGAAAUGACAAAGUACAGUAUGCAAAUGUUAGAGCCAUAUAACAAUAUCUCUAUAUACAAAUCGAUACAUGUAAUAUAUAU